AUGAGCAGAGACUUGACCCCUCCUGCAGCUGUCCAGCUGUGCUAUGAGAAUGUGAACGGCUCCUGCGUGAAAACCCCCUACUCACCUGGGCCCCGGCUGCUUCUCUAUGUGGUGUUUGGCUUAGGGGCUGUACUGGCUGUGUUAGGAAACCUCCUGGUCGUGACUUCCAUCCUCCAUUUCAAGCAGCUGCACUCACCAACCAAUUUCCUCCUCGCCUCUCUGGCCUGCGCUGACUUCUUGGUGGGAGUCGCUGUGAUGCCCUUCAGCAUGGUCAGGUCGGUGGAGAGCUGCUGGUACUUCGGGAGGAGUUUCUGCACUUUCCACACAUGCUGUGAUGUGGCCUUCUGCUACUCUUCUCUCUUGCACCUGUGCUUCAUCUCCGUGGACAGGUACAUGGCUGUUACUGACCCCCUGGUCUACCCCACCAAGUUCACGGUGUCUGUGUCAGGCAUUUGCAUCGGUGUCUCCUGGAUCUUGCCCAUUAUGUACUUUGGUGCCAUGCUCUACACAGGUGUCAAUGACGAUGGGCUGGAGGAAUUAUCCAGUGCGCUCAACUGCAUUGGAGGUUGUCAGCCCAUUAUAAAUCAAGGCUGGGUUUUAGUAGAUUUUCUGUUACUUGUCAUACCUAUCUGUGUUAUAAUAAUUGUAUACAGUAAUAUUUUUCUGGUAGCCAGAAUGCAGGCUAAAAAGAUUGAAAAUGCUAGAGGCAAAAAAGGAUCAUCCUUAGGCUCUUACAAAACCAGGGUGGCCAAAAGAGAGAGAAAAGCAGCUAAAACCCUGGGUAUCACAGUGGUGGCAUUUUUAAUCUCAUGGUUACCAUAUACGAUAGAGUCAGUAAUUGAUUCUUAUAUGGGCUUUAUUACCCCUGCCUAUAUCUAUGAGAUUUGCUGUUGGUGUGCGUAUUAUAACUCAGCGAUGAAUCCUUUGAUUUAUGCUUUAUUUUUUCCUUGGUUUAGGAAAGCCAUACAACUCAUUUUAAGCAGAGAAUUUUUAAAGGGACAUUCAUCAGCCACAAGUUUUGGUUCAGAGUAA